CUCAAGGACCACGGAAGAGUAGCAACAUCAACGUGGAGCUGCGUUCUUCUUCUUCCAACUCAGAAGCGAAAGUAGCUGCAGAAGAAAAUAUCAGUAAAAGACAAGGACGAGAUCAGUUACUGCAGGCGACUACUUCAGGACCAACAAAAACUGCAGACCCGAGGAUUGUUCUCAAUUUAUGCCAAUUAUGCCUUGAUCCUCGAGAACGAGAGAAAACCUCCUCCACUCCCUCAGAUAGUCAUAGUACUGGUCUACGUCCCCCACACGCACGUGGUCUCACUAAAG